CCCAUUUUGUUUCGGUUGGCCACCGCCCACAACGACAUGUGUUUCGCUCAAAGUUCUCUUCAUUUCGUUCAUUUCCUUGUUUCACUCAACGCGACGCUCUUCGACCUUGGCACACGCCCCAUUCGACGCUCUGCCACGACACACUACGACGCCGGAACCCCGCAACACACACGUCCGAAAUGAGCACGAUCGCGGCCCGAUUCCAACGAUGCCUCAACAUAUUCAAGCAGCGACCACUGCUCGCGAACAUGGUUUCGUUCCCGACCCUCUACGUGUGCGCCGAGUUUACGCAACAGACCAUUCUGAUCCGCUACGGAGGCGACGAAUCUCCCAAGGCGUACGACUGGAAGAUCAUCAUGCGCUACGCCGUUUUCGGGACCACCGUCUCUGCACCGUUCCUGCACAACUGGUACCGUUACCUGGAUCGCGUUCUGCCGGCCAAAGGGACCAAGGUGGCGAUUCAAAAGGCGCUGACCGACCAAGCCGUCUCGUCGUCGCUCAUCCUACUCGCUUUCUAUCCCGCCAUGAGUGCCAUGGAGGGAAAGGAGGACCUCUUUGCAGAGCUCAAGCAAAAGUUCUGGCCGACUUACAAGCUCAGCUGUUGCUUCUGGAUCCCGGCCCAAUGCGUCAACUUCUUCCUGGUGCCACCGCAUCUCCGAGUGGUCACCGUCGGCAUCUGCUCCUUUGCCUGGGUCAACAUCCUGUGCAUCAUGAAGCGCAUGCACAUCGCGCCCCAAAAACAAGACCCCUGAAGGUCAGUGCCAAACCCCCGAGGAACCGACGUCCACGCCGACAACCCCGCGAGAUGUCGCCGAAACGGCCCCAGCCGCCGACCAAGACCUGUCGUGUUCUCGGGCCGACGGCCGUGCUCCAACGUUCCUCCAGGAAGACUGGCCUCAAGCGUGGCAUAGAGCCAGCUUUCGGGCCUCGCUUGCUGCAGAUUUCCGCCCUCCGAAGCGAGAAUCGGCCACGCAGCAUUCCAACGCAUCAGUCCGUCUAUAUGUUUUUGGCUAUGCGGAGUGCAAGUUUGUCUGCUUCUUUUGCAGGGGUUAUGGUGACAUCAGAAUGCCGAGCUUCGAUUGAAGGGUAGUGGGUAGGCCUCAAAGCAACUCUGCCUUGAGGUCUACCCAUUAUCCUUCAAGCAGAACCAAUCAGAGCUCAGCAUUCUGACAUCACUCCAAGCCCUGCAAAAGGUGCAGACGAACUUGCCAUCCGCAGUCACAGACGGGAUAACAACGACGGGGCAUCUUUCUUGAAUGCCCGGCCUCGAGUAUGCACUCGUUGCCUUCCCCAGUGCUUCGGCCGUGCACGCACGCUCGAAGCCAACGAGGCACCGAAGCGUUAUCGAAGGAAGGGAGCUCCCUGCCGUUCCCGCCCCGUUGGUGAAUGCUGCGUUUGAUAUGCCGAAUUAAUUUUUUUGUCCAAGUUCGAAAAUGCAGUGCUGCUGAAUCUUCGUUAAUGGCGGCGGGAAUCGGACGCCUCCACCGGGGAUCAAACUAUGCACCGCUCGUUCAGAUGGAUCCUUUUUGUGUCGUCGUUCUCACAACGGAUACCGUUGUAGAAUCAAAGAAUAAUUUAUGUGUUUUUGUAACCUUUUUUUACGUAAACUCGAUAAGGGCACGCCCAUCUCGCAGGACCGUGCUGCGUAGCCGUAGCCCGACGAAAGUUUGGCGUCGCGUUUCCAAGUCGACAGGAGAGACUGCUCGUGCGUGAACGCACCACGACAUGCCUUUCGAAAGAGGCAAGGUCUUUUUUGACGACCCUCUUAUAGCUCAGUGCCUUCUGUUCGGCGAGUUGGUGCAGAAUCUUUUAAAACAUGGUGGCCCUCGCAGGUGUCUGUAAGCACCAUCAUGCCUUUAAAGACUCUUUUUAUGAUAGAGAAUAUUUUUAUGCUUCCGUUUCUCCCAAGUGCUUUACGAACUGUGGCAAAGUGACAAACAACUUUCGAAGUAUCUUCAGAACCCGUGUCACUUUGAUGUCUGCGGCGGCCUUUUUGGAAAUCCAUACUCUGGAAGCACACUUAGUUCUGUGAAUAACCUUAGGAUGUCCUUAGGGUGUCCUAAUGUUCUAGGAUGUCCUAUAAACAUCCACAGGACAUUCUAGGGACAUCCUAACGACAUCACAGAACUAGGUGUGCUGCUAAAAAGUAGUUCAGUUUUGUGAUCAUGCAAUGGGGUGUAGUUUCGCCGAGCGAACAAGCGGCCAGUGCCGCUUGCCAACGUAAGAAAAGCCACCUUUGGGCAAGCAUUGCCCGUUUGAGAGUACAUGUCGCCGGUCAGCGUUGUUCACGUGUAAUCGUUGCCCACAGUGUGUAAUUUGGCGUAUUUGCGAACAAUGUUUAUCAUACAUUUCCCUGGCGGUUCUAAGCGACAAGUACGGCAACAUGCAACAAAGCUCAUUACAGAAUUUCAUGGCGCCCCUAACCACCCGAGCAAAGCGACAGAACGGGAAGCUUGCUCGCAAGUCUGCUCGUUCAAUAGUAUGAGGACUGGUCCACUCUUGCGUUUGCCGACAGCCUACUGCACUGCAACCGAUUCUCAAGCCACUCAAGACUAUUUACAACCAGCUCGGCUUAAAAACCGGUUGGCCGUAGUCAAACGCAAGUGUGUAAACAAGUCUCUAGGCUGCAGUUUGUUUGUGUGUUGAAGUUAACCACUUGACUGCCAAUCACGAGCGUCACUCACGCUGUCCACUAUGAACUAGCAAGCCCGAAGAGUGCCUAGUUUUUCCGUUUCGAAAGCCGUUUUGUAGACUCCACAAGAGAAGGAAGCAUACCACUAUUGCUCCCACACCUUCAGGUUACUUUGUCAUUUGUUACAAAUUUUCACCACUAAACUCCAUUUCCCAUAAAAAAUAUAUAUAUAUAUAUAUACAUUUUGAGAUUUUUAAGUGCAAGGAUGGACAACAAGGCCUCGUGCAGGUGUCUGCUCUAGUCCAAUGAGAUUGGUGGAUACUUUUUACUUGAGAGUGGCGAGUGUUCUACAGUGCAAUCCACUAAGAACGAUAUUGAGAAAACCUGAAAAUUCAAUUGUUAUAACCGAUUAUCAUUGUAUCUGGACUAGAAACUGCUUGUUAUAAGCUGUACAGUCGACUUAUUAAUUCAAACUUGCGGAUAAUUUAAACUAACAUGCAGGUCCCAUCUUACGCGUCUCUAUGGGAGAAAACUUAUGAUAAUUCAAACUUUGCUUGAUUCAAACAAAUUCCCCCCCCCCCCCCCCCCCCCCGAUUAACGAUAUUCGACUGUACAGCAUUAAGUGGAUCAGACUGUACCAUCCUCAGUGACGAGUUGUGCCACCUCUCCAAUGUCUCAAAAACUUCAUUUAAAAUUGGCAAUCCGUAUGAAAAUUGAAGGCAACAUUCAUUUGUUGUCCUGUUGUUUGAAUGGACACAUCGCAUGGCCAGGAACUGGUAACAAAAACAGCAAAGAGCAUCUGAAGGCCAAGUAAACGUUUCCCUCAAUUUUCGUGCGAACUGCACAAUCUAAAUUAAAUUUUGUUGUACAUUUCAUAAAAAAACGAGUAUGCUAAUGAGUUAACCUUCAAAACGCAUGGACCUUAAUACUAGGUCUGGGAAUUUCUGCUAGACAACUUUUUCUCAUCUUAGAGCUAGUCCAGUAAAGGAACCAUCCGCAACAUGUAAAUGGCUGCAGCAUGCAAAAAGAAAGGCCUACUGGCAGAAUUUUGGUUCUUAAUAUAGACAAAAAAAAUAAGACCGAAAAGCAAUCAUUUUUUUACACCACAUGCAACUUUUAUGCGACGGUAUUAAAAAGAGAAUGUAAAUUCAUGUUAGUCAAUGAAACCGUCUGAAUCCUCCGAGCACCUGUCUGCAACUUAUUGAAAGUGCCUGUGUCCCCGUCUAAGGGACAGAUGACAACGAAUCUCAUCCAAUGAAAACAAAUGUUUACUCUUUUCCCCUCCCAUACCCCCAACAGUUAACAGAAAUAAAGGACAUGUUAUUGUUUUC